AUGGCCGUGCGUCUCGGCUUCCUGGCGCUGUUAAUAGCAGUAGUCACUCUUACGGCAAGCGCCAACGCAGCUACGAGACUCCACCAACCCACCGCCGACGCUGCUCAGAGGUCCUUGAGGGCCACCAAUCUGGACGAGAAGAGGGGCAUUCUCCCGGACUUGACGAAGGUCAAGGGCGCCGUCGCCGGGGUCAAGAGCAGAAUCGCCAACGCCAGGCUCAUCCACUGGCUCAACGACCAGAAGUCUCCAGAUUACGCCUUCACCAAGCUCAAGCUUCACCGAGAGGGGGACAACCUCUUCAAGAGCCCCAAGAUCAAGCUCUGGAUCGAGUACAGGCAGUGCUACAACCAGCAGCUCGGCAUCAAAGACUCGUCGGGUAUCGCUACGUCCAUGAAACACUACGACGAUAAAACUCUGUCUCGAUUGAUUGACGAAGCGAGGAAGGACCUGCCGACUGGUGGCACGUUAUUGGGAUUGGCUGCGGGGGGAGAUGCUCUAAGAGCAUCUUAG